AUGGCUACACUAAACAAGGUCGUCUGCUCAUUGUGUCACACGGAACAAGAAGUAAUUCAACAAAAAUGCAUCCAAUGUGGGGUUUGCAUGGGGAAGUAUUAUUUCUCAAAAUCCAAUUUUUUUAACGAUGAUGUUUCGAAGAAUCAAUGCCAUUGUAAUAAAUGUGGAAUCUGCAGAACUGGAGGCAAAGAGAACUUUUUCCAUUGUAAUAAAUGUGGUUGUUACUAUUCAAGGUUGAUGAAGGAUUCACAUAUCUACAUAGAAAAAGCAAUGCACCAUAAUUGCCCUUUUUGUUUUGAGUAUCUUUUUGAGACAACAAAAGACAUCACAGUCUUGCCUUAUGGGCACACUAUACACUUGCAAUGCGUGAAGGAGAUGGAACAACAUUUACAGUAUUCAUGCCCCGUUUGUUCAAAAUCAUAUUGCGACAUGUCUCAAGUGUGGCAAAGGCUUGAUCACGAGGUUGCUUCGACACCCAUGCCUCAAUUGUACAAAAAUAAGAUGGUUUGGAUCCUCUGCAAUGACUGUGGAGAGACAUCUGAGGUAAAUUUUCACAUUGUGGCACAUUCAAGACAUGAGGGAAGGGCAGUUAAGCUUUUUAUGGAUGAAAAGGUGAAGAGGUCAAAGGGGUAUGCUUUUAUUCAGUACACUAGUCAAGACGAUGCCCUGCUAGCUCUAGAAAGCAUGGAUCAUACGGGACGGCUUAAAAAUGGGAAUAUUGCUGCUAUAAAGGUUCUUUCACCUGAAUUAAGUCAAGGAGUAAAGGAGUUCUUGACAAAGAUUAGAGUGAUAUCAGAUAUAGAGCACCAAAAUUUAGUCAAGCUCUAUGGCUGUUGCAUGGAUGAAGAUCAUAGAAUUCUGUUCUACAACUACCUUGAGAAUAACAGCCUUGCGCAAACACUUAUUGAGGCUGCUACCAGAUCCUCUUUUUUGCUGGUGACUGAUGUUGCUGCUUGCUGGUCUGCUGUUGCCACUGCCCUGGUGGCUGAUGCUUGCUGGGCCGCUGCUGCUGCAAUGUUGCUGUGA